AGCUGUUGUGGAGAACACUCAGAAUGGGAGGCAAAAUCACUUAUCUCCUCCUGCUGGUGGGAGCAGUCGUGACUGCCCAAUGCCAGGGCUUACGUGUGCGUUCCAAACGGGGAGCCAGAUCUAGAGCCAUUUGCAAAGACAAUUCAUCUGGAGAAAUUUACCAGCACAGGGGAACCUGGUUGAGGCUUUCAGGGAGCAGAAUAGAAUACUGUAGGUGUGACACUGGUCGGAGUCGCUGCCACACUGUGCCUGUUAGAGCCUGCAAUAGAAAUAAAUGCUACAAUGGAGGCCAAUGUUCACAGGCAUAUUAUUCCCCACAACUCUUCAUCUGCCAGUGCCAUCAGGGUUUCUCAGGGAAGCAGUGUGAAAUAGAUACCAAAGUUAAAUGCUACAAAGACACUGGAGCGGCAUACAGGGGUACCUGGAGCAUGACAGAGAGUGGAACUGAAUGUUUGAAUUGGAAUAGCAAUAGGUUGAUGGACCAGAGGUACAGCGGCCAAAGAGAGGAUGCUGCUGAGUUGGGAUUGGGCAAUCACAACUAUUGCAGAAACCCAGAUGAGGAUUCCAGACCUUGGUGCUAUGUCUAUAAAGGGGGAAGGUACACCUGGGAACACUGCAGUGUGCCCUCCUGUUCAAAAGUUAGGAACAACAACUGCAAAUUUGGAAGAGGUACAGAUUACCGAGGCAGCCACAGUGUUACCAGUUCUGGAGCUACCUGUUUGAAGUGGAAUUCUGUAAUCCUUAUCAAUAAGAUUUAUACUGCUUGGAGAAGAGAUGCUUACCAGCUGGACCUUGGUAGUCACAAUUUCUGCAGGAAUCCUGACAAUGACAGCAAGCCCUGGUGCCAUGUCCUGAAAGGAAAUCAGCUCACAUGGGAGUACUGCAAAGUGCCUACUUGCUCCACCUGUGGCAUCCGGCAGCACAGAGUGCAGCAGUACAGGGUCCAAGGUGGCUCCUACACAGACAUUGCAGCUCACCCAUGGCAAGCUGCCAUCUUCGUGAAGUAUCGCCGAGCGCCUGGAGAGCGUUUCCUCUGUGGGGGAAUUCUCAUCAGUUCCUGCUGGGUUCUGUCAGCUGCUCACUGCUUUGAGGAAGGCUUUAGUUCAGAUGAGCUGAAGAUUGUGCUGGGUAGGACUUCCCGAGCAGCUUCUGAGGAAAAUGAACAAAUAUUUCAAGUGCAGAAAUACACUGUGCAUCGGCAAUUUGACUCAGAAAAUUUCGACAAUGAUAUUGCUCUGCUGCAGUUGAACUCAGAUGCAGAAGACUGUGCUGUCGAAACAGACACUGUCCGUGCUGCCUGUCUCCCCACACCAGAACUGCAGCUGCCUGACUGGUCUGAAUGUGAGAUCUCUGGCUAUGGCAGAAAUGAAGAAUUUUCUCCAUUCUAUUCAGAGCACCUGAAGGAAGGUCAUGUCAGGCUAUUCCCGGCCAGUCGGUGCACAGCACAGCACCUAGACAACAGGACUGUUACAGACAAUAUGUUGUGUGCAGGAGACACGAGGAACCUGGAUGAUGCCUGCAAGGGUGACUCUGGAGGGCCUCUGGUCUGUAUGAAGGAUGGUCGAAUGUACCUAAUUGGAAUCAUCAGCUGGGGAAUAGGCUGUGGCCGCAGAGACAUACCUGGUGUUUACACAAAAGUGAAUCGUUAUCUUGACUGGAUUCAGAACACCAUGAAACCCUGAGAAAGAAAGAUGAACUCUUCACA